UUGUCACUCGGUCAGGACAUUUUGUAGCGAAUAGAUUUUUGUGUUUAGUGCGGGGGUGAAUAAGAUUUACGAAUGAGUAAAUUUAUAAGAAAGAGAUUUAUAAAACCGGAUGAGAGACAAAUAAACAGCUAAAAUUCGCCAUUAUUUUCAAAAGUGGAAAUCUUUCUUUAAGUGGAAUUAGUUAUUAUCUUCAUUCUUUGUCAACGAUAACUUACAAUCAAAAUGAUAUCUCGUUAUCAAACACGAAAGCAUCGACUCGGCUGGAUUCUAGGAAUCUUUCUGCUCUCUCUCGUUGUGGUUUCAUCUCACGAAGCUGUGCCUCUGAAUCACCAGAGUACACCGGAUGCAUCAACCUUGAAGAUAGAAGCUAGAGAGUCCGAGGCAUCGAUAAUUUUGGGAAAGGAUCUUGUUCUUGGCCCACCUUUGUCGACUAGAGCGUCGAUUAUCGCUAAUUCUAGCAACUCCAAUGACGUUGCGUCAACAAAGAUUGAUUCCUUUGUAGGUUCCACGAUUGUCGAUCGUAUACCUUUCGGAGAACAACGUGCCAAUAACGUUCUUCGGAAACCCUCAAUGUCGAAGACUGAGACUUCUGGAGGGUCUUAUAUCAUUGACAAUCGUUAUCAAGCCAGUAAAGGCCCAAAGACUGCCUGGAAAAGAGACAGCUAUCUCGAAGCACUGAGACACUCGCGUAACAGCGAUGAUCCGCGGGAAGGGAUCGUGCAGACCGACUUAAAGACGAAGACGAAUAGAAGAGAAUAUGUGCAGGGGCCCGUUUACAGGCAGGAUACGGAAUACGGUUCGCCCGAAUCGUCGUACGCAUCUAAGAACCCGCGAAUCACAUACGGGGGCCCUAGCGACUCUUAUCCCCAAUCUUUCAAACCAUCAAUGAGUUACAGCGAUCAUUACAACGCUCCGCAGAAUUCUUACGGUCCUCCGCAGAAUUCAUACGGGCCGCCGCAAGAUGGUCCCUCGUUUUAUCCACAGACUCCUUCGUAUGGACCUCCCGCGAAUUCUUAUCCACCAUCUCAGCAAGGUGAGAUCAAAGGAUAUGGUCCUUCUGUACAUACUUCCAUUCCAACUCCGAUUUACGGUGCGCCUUACGCACUGCCGGAUGUAUCUCACAUUUCCCUCCUACCGAGCUUCGAUCUGGGAUUACCAUUUGCCCUCAAAUUAAAUGCAUUCACCAUUGCAAAAAUCAUAUUAAAGUUAGUGAUCUUCAAGAUGAUUGUGAAAUUUAUCGCGAUAAUUUGCUUGUUACUCUUCAUACCGAAGCUCGAGAUAAUCAAGAAGAAAGUCUCUAAUAAAGAUGAAAACAAUGAAGAACGUAAUUUAUCAUCGCCUUACAUAAGUUUGGAAACACUAAAUAGUCUCGAAGGCAUAGUAAGAAAUUCUGUCGAGAAAUAUGAGACGCAAAAUAGUAGUCGUUUAAAUUCGACAGAGAAAUGUACGACAUUUACAUGUCGCAUCAACGAAACUUUCCACGAAUCUUGGUACGACUAUUUGAAUUUAUUCAACAGCUACGUGGAGGAAGAGAGGCAAUUAACAGAACGGAAAGAUCACUGAGAAGUUAACAUUAUCAUCGAAUAUCAUCGCAUCAUCUUUCUAAUUAUUU